CUGUCUAGUCUGUAGUGCAAUGAUAUUGUGUGCCUUCGUAGUUCGUGGUUCUUUUUCAAAUAGAUAUUUUACGUAUGUCAUAGUGAUGAAACGAACAUGCCCUUCCCCUUCCACCUGUGCCCGCCAAGCCGCCAGCCACCUGGCCAUCACCUCAUUGAUCAGCUGUUUGUUUAUCUGUCACUUCGAAGAAAACAAACUGUUUUUAUUUUUAUUUAAUUAUUCUUGUUUGCUAUUGCAAAGAUAUUUUUUAACAGAAACCUCUAGAUAUUACUUAUAAUAAGAGAAAUCCUGGUUUUUUAUGUGAGUGUAAAAAACGCAAAGAUAAUGAUGAGGAUACGUGUCGCGUGUGUCAUGAGCGUAUGAGUGUGGUGCGCAGAGAGCCGGCGGAGCGAGGGCGACACAGAUGGCCAAGCCGUCGGCGCUGAGCCGCGCGCUGGCGCUGCCGCUGACGAGCUGCAUCGCGGCCGCGCUCGCGCUCAUCACCGUCGUGCAGUUCUUCGCCACUAACGGCACCUACAACUACUCCUACAUUCCUUUGUCCUCAUUAGAAACUGAACUCUAUAAACAAGUUAAUCCUAAAUUAGUCUUAAAACAAAAUAAGCCUACAUGCAACUAUGAAGAGAUUGUGAAGAGGACAGACAGUAUUAAUAACUGGGAGGUACCAGAGAAGUUUGACAACUUCUCCCCAGCAGGGAUUGUAAACGGAAGCUACACUCCCACAGACUGCAACCCACAAUUCAGUGUUGCCAUACUUGUGACCUACAGAAAUAGGCAAAAGCAAUUAGAUGUAUUUUUGCCUUAUAUGCAUAACUUCUUAAGAAAACAAAAUAUACAUUACAAAAUCUAUGUCAUAGAACAGCAAGAUGAGAAGCCAUGGAACAAAGGCACUCUAUACAACAUUGGAGCGAAGUAUGCAAUAGCAGAGAAGUUCCCGUGCCUAAUACUACACGACGUAGACCUGCUGCCACUAUCAUCGGGCACGCUGUACGCGUGCAUGCGCGCCCCGCGCCACAUGAGUGCAAGUAUCGACAAGUUUCGCUUCGUGCUGCCCUACCCUGAGCUGGUGGGUGGCGUGUUGGCCGUGCGGGCCGACCAUUACACGAGGCUCAACGGCUUCUCGAACCGGUUCCAGCACUGGGGUGGCGAAGACGAUGACUUCUAUGCAAGGAUCAAAGACGAGCAGCUUGGCGUCGUUAGGUUCCCGCGCCAGCUGUCGCAGUACACGAUGUUGGUGCACCAGCAGGAGCCGGUGAACGGCGACGUGUGGCGCGUGCUGCGCGACAACCGGCGCCGCGCGCAUGCGCGCGACGGGCUCAGCAGCGCCGCCUACGACAGCGUCCGGCUCGCGCCGCACCGCCUCUUCACGCUGCUCGCCGUCAAGUUAUGAUUCACGACACAUAAUGAAAACUCUGCUCUAGUCCAUCUCAAAGAACUUUAAUCUGAACUGUAAUUGGUACUUGCGACAAUUCUGCGAAACGGGAUUCGCUUCUCGCUAAUUAUUACACCUAAUGAAAAUAAAAUCACAUAUUGGGAUAAUAUGCAGAAACACA